CCUCUGUACUGCGGUAAAGAUGGCGGCGUCAGAGGGGGCGCGCAGCAGCCGGACAACGGCGACAGCUUUUUGAAAAUGCUGCACAUUUUCGCGACUCUCGCUCGUUAAUUUUCGGGCUCGACAACCACCCAUAUCCCCCCACGGAGCGAACGGAGCGGCUGUCAAGCUGCCCGGGUUGUCAUUUUAACUCCAGACUGGUGGAUUUAUGAGACUAGUUAGUUGGCUAACCCAGUUAGCUAGCAGGGGAGAGUCCGCCGAGCAGAAGACCGCGAAGGCGGGGGGAAGAAGAGGAACGCGGUUCGCUACUCUGGCGUCUCCGGCUCAUGGGAAUGUGAGCCAGCGGUCCGCGGGAGGGUGUGCUCGCUUCGUCCUGAACGUCCUUACCAACUCCGAACUACCGGGAUGGGACAGCAGGUAGGCCGCGUCGGUGAGGGCGCAUCGACCGGACUUCAGCCGCCACAGCCCCACGCGUCCCAACCGCACCAAGUGAAGGGGAGCCGGGGGAGCGUCGCUGGGAGGAGACCCCGGGAAGCCGGCAGUAACAUCGGUACACCGCCAGGCAGGACUGGGGCGAUCAACGUCCCUGAUCCGUCGAUUAAUAUAUUCACCAAGCACUCAGAAGCUCUCCACAGGCCGUUCGGCCUGGACUCUGCAGCCCUGACAGAAGCGGUACGCUGGAGCUCCAAGGAGAACUUGCUGGGGGCUGCUGAGAGCGACCCCAACCUGUUUGUUGCACUUUAUGACUUUGUCGCCAGUGGGGACAAUACUCUCAGCAUCACGAAAGGCGAGAAGUUACGCGUGUUGGGCUACAACCAGAAUGGAGAGUGGAGUGAGGUUCGCUCUAAGAACGGCCAGGGUUGGGUCCCGUCCAACUACAUUACACCUGUCAACAGCCUGGAGAAGCAUAGCUGGUACCACGGGCCUGUGUCGCGCAGUGCCGCCGAGUACCUGCUGUCGUCCCUUAUAAACGGCAGCUUCCUUGUCCGGGAAAGUGAAAGCAGCCCCGGACAGCUGUCCAUUUCCCUCCGCUAUGAGGGUCGAGUCUACCACUACCGGAUUAACACUUCCUCAGAUGGCAAGGUAUAUGUGACCUCCGAGAGCCGCUUUGCCACCCUGGCUGAGCUGGUUCACCACCACUCCACAGUAGCGGACGGCCUGGUCACCACACUACACUACCCGGCACCCAAGUGCAACAAGCCCACCGUGUACGGUGUAUCGCCCAUCCAUGACAAGUGGGAGAUGGAGCGUACUGACAUCACUAUGAAGCACAAGCUCGGAGGAGGCCAGUACGGAGAGGUGUAUGUGGGCGUGUGGAAGAAGUACAACCUCACAGUGGCAGUCAAGACUCUCAAGGAGGAUACCAUGGAAGUUGAGGAAUUUUUGAAAGAGGCUGCUGUAAUGAAAGAGGUCAAACAUCCAAACUUGGUCCAGCUUCUGGGUGUGUGUACAUUGGAGCCUCCGUUUUACAUCGUGACCGAGUACAUGCCACAUGGUAACCUUCUGGACUACUUGAGAGACUGCGACAAGGAAGAAGUGAAUGCUGUGGUUCUGCUCUACAUGGCCACACAGAUCUCCUCUGCAAUGGAAUACUUGGAGAAAAAAAAUUUCAUCCACAGGGAUCUAGCUGCAAGAAACUGCCUCGUUGGGGAGAAUCAUGUUGUUAAGGUGGCAGACUUUGGUCUGAGCAGGUUGAUGACUGGCGACACCUACACUGCGCACGCUGGGGCAAAAUUCCCCAUCAAAUGGACCGCGCCCGAGAGCCUUGCCUACAACACCUUCUCCAUCAAAUCUGACGUAUGGGCUUUUGGGGUCCUGUUGUGGGAAAUUGCCACCUACGGAAUGUCUCCAUAUCCAGGCAUUGACUUGUCUCAGGUCUAUGACCUUCUGGAGAAGGGCUACCGCAUGGAACAACCCGAAGGAUGCCCACCAAAGGUCUAUGAGCUUAUGAGAGCAUGCUGGCAAUGGAGUCCGUUGGACAGACCAUCUUUUGCAGAAAUCCACCAAGCCUUUGAAACAAUGUUCCAUGACUCCAGCAUCUCAGAAGAGGUUGCAGAGGAGCUCUGCAAGAUGGCCUCCUCUGGUCAAAGCGGUCCCCUUCACGCGUUCAGCCAUGACACGCCCCUGUUGCCUUCCAAAUCUCGCACACACCUAAAGCACACGGAAAACAAGGAGAACAUCGAGAAUGGGCCGGACGGGCGGCCAGACCACGGCACUCAUGGCCCCUCAGGUACAGCUAGACAUGCCUUCCUCGCCGCCAAGACAUCACGAGGCAAUGGACGCUCGGGCAGCUCCCCAGCACUGCCCAGAAAACAGCAGCCGCGUGAUAAAUCUCCUAGCAGCUUUUUAGAGGACACACUGGAUACGGGGACUUUCACACGAGACCGCAAGACGAGCUUCUUCAGCUCCUUCAUUAAGAAGAAGUCCUCGUCCUCCUCCUCGCCGUCCUCCCAGCACCAACAGAACCUUCCGACACCUCCCAAAAGGAGCAGCUCCUUUCGAGAGAUGGAGACGCAACCCCACAAGAAAUAUGAGCCUACUGCUGAUUUUAGCGCCCCGCCUCCCCUGCCGCAGUCUGACAGUUUAGGGGGCUUCUCCGCCUCUCCCUCUCAUUCCCAAGGCGAGCCUGCCCAGACUCAGUCCCGCUGCUGCGGAGCCGCAUUUGGACAGAAGCCUUCUGGCGGAGGGUUUGUUUCACAGGUAACAAGCGGUAGCAGCUGGGGAGGACUUGCCGGCUUUUUCACCCCCAGGCUUAUCAAAAAGACCCUCGGGCUACGGACAGGAAAGGCAGUCUGCUUGGGGGAUGGUGGAACUGUAGUGGGGGGGCCGAAACCGUUACCGAGGUCCAAUUCGACCUCCUCAAUGUCCUCCGGGUUGCCGGACCUGGAGCGUAUUGCUCUGACUUUGCCCAGGAACCGCAGUGCUAAAGCUCCGCUGGAGAGGACUGCCUCCACAACCUCCCAGCCAGAGAACGGGACUGCCCGGGCCACAGAAACUCCGCUCAGGAGGAUGGAUGAGGGGACUGCACAGAUCAGGGAAAGGCCCAAAGCCAAGCUGCUACCCCGGACAACUGCUGCAGGCGGGAGGGCCCCAGGAGUUGGAGGGGAAGUGGGGGAAUCUGACGGGGGAGGGCAGCAAAGCUGGGCGUCCCCCUCUAAAACUUCUAGUUCAGCUGCUGCAGGUGCACAAACUCACAACCACAAAGUUCCGGUUCUUAUCUCUCCCACGUUAAAGAACAGCCUAGGUGACGUGCACCUUGUCGGAUUGGACUCUCAGGGGAACCGUUUCAAACUGCUGUCUGAGCACCAGGCGGACCGGGACAGGCCGCGGCUCGUCAAGCCCAAAUGCGCCCCGCCACCUCCGCCGACCCUCCGCGGCAUGCAUCCCUCCUACAGCAGCGAGGGUGACGAGCAGGUAGGAGCCACACCAGUCCAAGUCAACGGUGACUCGUUAAAAGGUCAUAAAUCAGGGCGAUCGCCAGGAGGAGUGACCACGUGUAGACCGACAGUGCCUCCUCCGCAGGUGCCUCCUACUUCCUUCCCUGCCAACACCACUCCCACCAAAAUGUCCAACGGAGCACCCAGUGCCAGGUCCUCCACACACUCCAAAGUGGGGCUGAGGCGAACCAGGCAGCAGUCGGAAAAAUCGCAGCCGGAGCUCACCAGCCGCGAGGCCCUACUGGAGUGCGCCGAGUGCCUGAGCAACAUCCUCCACGGCAGCCCCGAAAGCCCCUCCAGCAGCCAAGUACUGGACGCCGGCCACCAGCUGUUGGACUACUGCUCCGGUUACGUGGACUGCAUUCCCCAGACGAGGAACAAGUUUGCCUUUCGAGAGGUGGUGGGGAAGCUGGAGCUCAGCCUGCAGGAGCUGAGGGUCUCGUCCUCGGGAGGAGGUGGGGGGCUGAGCUGCUUGGGGUCUAACGUCCAUCUAGAUAACCUGCACAGCUGUAUUAAAGAGAUUAGUGAUGUAGUCCAGAGGUAGCAGACACUAACGCCGCAAGAUUAUUUGAUUCCUUUAAUAUCGUAUUGACCAGAAUAUAAGAUGACCCUGAAUAUCACACAUCCUCUUUUACAAGUUUGUGGAAGAAGAGGUUGUUGUGACAAAUUGUUUUUUUUUAUUCAGUUCAUCCAUCCGUUGGUAUAAGAAUGAUUGAUCAAAUUCAUAGGACAGUUGUUGUAAUAUUCAAAUCAGCGUCUUUUUCUGUUGUUUGCUACAGGUGCGUUCGCUAAAAUAAACCCUGGCGUGUUUGCUCCACUAAUGCAGUUUAUUUUGGUCGGGGGUGAAUGCAACAAGCAAGCUGCCAGUGACUUUUUUUUCGAGAGAGGUUUCUGACUGCUUGUAAGGGAACUUUUCAAAAGCACAAAACCAGUGAAGUUUGCACAUUGUGUAAAUGAUAAAUAAAAACAGAAUACAAUGAUUUGCAAAUCUUUUUCAACUUAUAAUCAAUUGAAUAGACUGCAAAGACAAGAUAUUUAAUGUUCAAACUUAAUUUUUAUUUGCAAAUAACACAUUUCAAAAAAGUUGGCACAGGGAAAUUUUUACCACUGUGUUACUGUACAUCACCUUUCCUUUUAACAACACUCAGUAAACAUUUGGGAACUGAGAAGACCAAUUUUUCAAGAUUUUCAGGUGGAAUUUUUUCCCAUUCUUGCUUGAUGUACAGCUUAAGUUGUUCAACAGUCCGGGGUCUCCAUUGUGGUAUUUUACGCUUCAUAAUGCGCCACACAUUUUCAAUGAGAGACAGGUCUGGACUACAGACAGGCCAGUCUCAUACCCGCACUCUUUUACUAUGAAGCCACACUGUUGUAACACAUGGCUUGGCAUUGUCUUGCUGAAAAAAAGCAGCGUCCAUGAAAAAGGUGUUUCUUGGAUGGCAACAUAUGUUUCUCCAAAACCUGUAUGUACCUUUCAGCAUUAAUGGUGUCUUCACAGAUGUGUGUUAGAGCCUUGGGCACUAAUACACCCCCAUACCAUCACAGAUGCUGGCUUUUCAACUUUGCACCUAUAACAAUCCGGAUCGUUCUUUUCCUCUCUGGUCCGGAGGACGCAGUUUCCAAAAACAAUUUAAAAUGUGGACUCGUCAGACCACAGAACUGUUUUCCACAUCAGUCCAUCUUAGAUGAGCUCGGGCCCAGCAUAACCGGUGGCGUUUCUGGGUGUUGUUGAUAAAUGGCUUUCGCUUUGCAUAGUCGAGUUUUAACUUGCACUUACUGAUGUAGCGACAAACUGUAGUUACUGACGGUGGUUUUCUGAAAUGUUCCUGAGCCCAUGUGGUGAUAUUCUUUACACACUGAUUUCGCUUUUUGAAGCAGUACCGCCUGAGGUAUCCAAGGUCACAGGUAUUGGCGCUUACAUGCGGCAAUUUCUCACAAUUCUCUGAACCUUGUGAUGAUAUUACAGACCGCGGAUGGUGAAAUCCCUAAACUCCUUACAAUAGCUGGUUGAGAAACUGUUUGACAAUUUGCUCACACAUUUGUUCACAAAGUGGUGACCCUUUUCCCAUCUUUGUUUAUGAAUGACUGAGCAUUUCAUGUAGGCUGCUUUUAUACCCCAUCAUGGCACCCACCUGUUCCCAUUUAACCUGUUCACCUGUGGGAUGUUCCAAAUAAGUGUUUGAUGAGCAAUUAUUUGCAAACAAUAACAUUUACCAGUUCGAACGUUAAGUAUCUUGACUUUGCUGUCUAUUCAAUUGAAUAUCGGUUAAAAAAAAAUGCAAAUCAUUGUAUUCUGUUUUUAUUUACCAUUUACACAAUGAGCCAGCUUCACUGGUUUUAGGUUUUGCAUAUCUUAGAAGCUUGUGAAAUUUAACAGAAUAUAGAUAAAUCCUAUGUUCUCAACACAUUAGAGUGCACUUUGCUUUGGAAAUGUUGAGGUUUGUCGCAUAAUAGGCAUCCAAUCUUUACUGUGCGGACUUUGGUCCCAUGAAGCCACGCAAACUGCACCAACUAUCCCUUUUUCUUUAUCAGGACCAGCGUACCGAACCACAAGUGUCAACACAAUUAAAGGGUGACAAAGAUUUAAGAGAAACAAAGUUGCCCUGCAGUGUUCUAUUGGUUUGCAUUUAUAAAUCCCGAGAUUGUUGUUUUUUUUAUGGUAAAAAUGCACAUAUUUGGGUCAAUGCGGUACCUUUGGGAGGAUGCGGUGAUGAUAUCACAACAAUGUGUUAAAGUACCUCAGAGAAAUUUGUAUUGUUUACAAACUUAAUGUGGUGAAAUGAAUGUCGAGUGUGGGUCAACCAGCACAGAUUAUUACGAAAGUGAACGCUCACUCUGCUUGUGUAUGUGUGUCUGUUAGUUGUGAGCAGCCCUGCUGACUACACCACACUCAAUUCUCAAUCAACACCAUCUAUGUUGGCUGCAAGCAAGGAGUGAACUCAACUUUAAAGUUAAAGUACCAAUGAUUGUCACACACACUAGGCGUGGUGGAAUGUGUCCUCUGCAUUUGACCCAUCCCCUUGUUCCACCCCCUGGUAGGUGAGGGGAGUAGUGAGCAGCAGCGGAGGCCACGCCAUGGGAAUUAUUUUGGUGAUUUAACCCCCAAUUCCAACCCUUGAUGUUGAGUGCCAAGCAGGGAGGUAAUGAGUCCCGUUUUUUUUAUAGUCUUUGGUAUGACUCGGCCAGGGUUUGAACUCACAUCCUACCGAUCUCAGGGCGAACACUCCAACCACGAGGCCACUGAGUUGGUAUAAUCUGACUUCAAUCUAAUCAUCAAUCGACAAUGAAGCCCACCAACAUAUGAAUUGAUUAUUAUGCCCAUCCUUAGCUUAAAAUAAAUGUCCAAUGGGCACUAUUGUAGUGGUCUUCAUCCCUGCAUCGUUUUUGGGUUUACUUUGUAUCGUAGGUAAAUCCAAAUGAAGCAUGAAACACAACACAGGUCACUUAAUCGUAAAUACAAGAACACAAACCUAUUUUACAAAACCAGUGAAGUCGGCAUGUUGUGUAAUUCGUAAAUAAAAACAGAAUACAAUGAUUUUCAAAUCCUUUUCAAUUUAUAUUUAAUCGAACAGACUGCAAAGACAAGAUAUUAAAUGUUUGCAUUGAGAAACAUAUUUUUUUUUGCAAAUAAUCACUAAGUUAGAUCUUAAUGGCAGCAACACAUUGCAAAAAGGUUGGCAAAGGGGCGUUUUUACCACUGUGUUACAUGGCCUUUCCUUUUAACAACACUCAGUAAAUGUUUGGGACCUGAGGAGACCAAUUUAUGAAGCCUUUCAGGUGGAAUUCUUUCCCAUUCUUGCUUGAUGUACAGCUUAAAUUGUUCAACAGUCCGGGGUCUUUGUUGUGGUAUUUUAGGCUUCAAUUUGCGCCACACAUUUUCAAUGGGAGACAGGUCUGGACUACAGGCAGGCCAGUCUAGUACCCACACUCUUUUACUGUGAAGCCACACUGUUGUAACACGUGGCUUGGCAUUGUCUUGCUGAAAUAAGCAGGGGCGUCAAUGAUAAGGUUAUUUGGAUGGCAACAUAUGUUGCUCCAGAAGCUGUAUGUACCUUUCAGCAUUAAUGGUGCCUUCACAGAUGUGUAAGUUACCCAUGCCUUGGGCAUUAAUACAUCCCCAUACCAUCACAGAUGCUGUCUUUUCAACUUUGCCUCCAUAACAAUCCGGAUGGUUCUUUUCCUCUUUGUUCUGGACGACACGACUUCCACAGUUUCCAAAAACAAUUUGAAAUGUGGACUCAUACGACCACAGAAAGAAAUUUCCACUUUGCAUCAGUCCAUCUCAGAUGAGCUCGGGCCCCAGCAAAGCUGGCUGUGUCUCUGUGUGUUGUUGAUAAAUGGCUUUCGCUUUGCAUAGUAGAGUUUUAACUUGCACUUACAGAUGUAGCGACCAACUGUAGUUACUGACAGUGGUUUUCUGAAGUGUUCCUGAGCCCAUGUCAUGCCAGCUUUUUUAAAACAUGCUGUAGGCAUCAAAUUCCAAAUAAGGUAAUAUUUGCAAAAAUUCAAGGUUCUCAGUUCGGACAUUAAGUAACUUGUCUUUGCAGUCUAUUCAAAUAAAUAUAACUUGAAAAGGAUUUGCCAAUCAUUGUAUUCUGGUUUUAUUUACCAUUUACGCAACGUGCCAACUUCACUGGUUUUGGGUUUUGUAUUUCAACCUGGUAUGUUUUCUUUUUCAUCUCCGGGUUGGGGAGGAGACCCUGCCCCAAGUGGAGGAGUUCAAGUACCUAGGAGUCUUGUUCACGAGUGGGGGAAGAGUGGAUCGUGAGAUCGACAGGCGGAUCGGUGCGGCGUCUUCAGUAAUGCGGACGUUGUACCGAUCUGUUGUGGUGAAGAAAGAGCUGAGCCGGAAGGCAAAGCUCUCAAUUUACCGGUCGAUCUACGUUCCCAUCCUCACCUAUGGUCAUGAGCUUUGGGUAAUGACCGAAAGGAUAAGAUCACGGGUACAAGCGGCCGAAAUGAGUUUCCUCCGCCGUGUGGCGGGGCUCUCCCUUAAAGAUAGGGUGAGAAGCUCUGUCAUCCGGGAGGAACUCAAAGUAAAGCCUCUGCUCCUCCACAUCGAGAGGAGCCAGAUGAGGUGGUUUGGGCAUCUGGUCAGGAUGCCACCCCAACGCCUCCCGAGGGAGAUGUUUAGGGCACGUCCAACCGGUAGGAGGCCACGGGGAAGACCCAGGACACGUUGGGAAGACUAUGUCUCCCAGCUGGCCAGGGAACGCCUCGGGAUCCCCCGGGAAGAGCUAGACGAAGUGGCUGGGGAGAGGGAAGUCUGGGCUUCCCUGCUUAGGCUGCUACCCCCGCGACCCGACCUCGGAUAAGCGGAAGAAGAUGGGUGUAUGUAUGGAUGUUUUCUUUUAUGCAGAGUGUUUUCGUCCCCUCUUCUGGCUUGAAUGAAUUUCUCACCUGCCAAGUCCUCAAAAGCAUUUCAGUAUUUCAAAUAGGGUAUUUUUUUUCUUUUUCGCACAAGACUUUAUCUUUGCUCAGCAAAACUAGACUCAACAGGAGCACAGGGUAGCACUUGCACAAGCAGGCCAAUUAAGGACAGCUUUUUUUUUUCUAUUGUUUUUUAAAACAAGUGUCCUUGCUAGUUAUGGACGGCGCAGGAUUCAAAAUGUACAUGGUGGACAUGCCUUCCAUAGUGUUCAGUGUAUGAAACCUAUCCUCUUCACCCCAAUCACACAGUACAGGACUUCUCUCACAGACAAAUUGCAGUACGUCUUCAGCACAUUUGUACAUGUAUUUGAUUCAAGGAAAAAAUAUUUCUAGAAUGUUUAUGUAUGAACUUGAAUUUUAAAUUAUUGUUUUGUUUUUUCAUUAUUAAUUAAAAGCACAAAGCUAUUUUGGCGGGGGGAAAAUAUGUAAAUACUACUUGUUUUAUUUCAUAAACAAUCAUUUAUGUGCUGCCGGAAAGAAGAGAGUUUUAGACUGCGGCCUAUCCAUCCGAAUAUCUGCUUUUUGAAUGUAUUAUUCAAUUCAUCAUCAGUGAAUAUCUCAUCUUUUAAGGUGCCAUUUAAUUUAACUUUUUUUUUUCUUUUUUUUUUUUUAAACCUUUAUUCACUGAAUUUUGGGUCACAAUAUGCAAGUCAGAGCUGCUCUGUUUUAUUGAGCACAAGUUGCAAGUAUUGUACAUGUAUGCACACACGCAGCCUAAUGUACACUGGAUACAUAUGACAUGGUGCAUUUACACAAAUGUCUGUAAGUCUCAAAUAUUAAUAUUCUUGCUGCCUUUUGUGAGAAAACUUGCAAGAAUACACAGCAUGUCAUGUGCCAUAUUUCCUUUCCUUAUGUCAUAAUCUUGUUUUCACCUGAUUUUGUGUGGACUUUCUGUAUCUGCACUGCAACUACAACAUUUCCCCACUGUGGGAUGAAUAAAGUCCACCCUAUCCUAAUUACAA